AUGUUUGUUUAUUUGGGCAAAGAUUCUUUUAGCAGGAAAUUCUAAGGAGAAUAACACAAGUGGGAAUUACUAUUUGGAUCUGGAUCUCACACUUAUAAUGAAGAAACCAUGCCAAAUCUGAGAUAUAUUAUUAAGAAUCAGAAAAACAUGUGGUUCUCAAAAGAGGACAAGAAAAUUGACACUAAAUUCGAAUAAAGUUUCGAUAAAGAAGUUGAAUCUGUAGAUGAAUAUGCUGUUGGGAUGUGGACUAGAUGGUUGAUAGCUUUCCCAACUACUUUGACUGAAAGAUCUGAUACUCACACCAUAUUCCGUCUAUCAUAGACCUUGGAAUAUUAGGAUAAAGCAGAAUUGGGAAAUAGAGCAUUAUCUGCAUUCCUCAAAAAAGGAUUUUAUGAAUUCAGCACUUAUGAUGCGUCUGCUCCAAACAAUGCAGUAGAUGCUAAAGUGAAUUAUGAAAAUGUAGAAGGAGAAUGGAAUUACAUUUAUGCAGGUUAUAAAAAUAAAUAGUUUUAUGGAUUAAUCAUUUUUAGAGAUAGGGAGCAUGUCGAGGAAGUCAAGUUAGAUGUGACUCAUCUUGUUUUGACUGGACAUGCUAUUUUGGUUCUGUCAGCAAAUGAAUUUGGUUAUAAAGCUUUCCAUGGAUGGAUCUAUGAUCCAAGAGUAUUUUUAGGUGCAGGUGCUUUCAUAAAUGAUGCAAAUUCUGUAGUGGAAAUGGUCCAUAAAUUACAUCGCAAAGUUCCAAUAAGUUCUUAGUCAACUGAAGGAUUCGGUUGGCCAGUCAAAAUGCUUGAUUCCACCAAUUGGGAUGAUCUAGAUGAAAAAAAGAGUGAACUGAAAUAUGAGUUUGAUGAUAAAUAGGAAAUGCUUAGUUAUAGUGUUGGCUUUUGGUACUAAAAUGCUCCACUGUUGCCAGAAAUGGAGGACGAAUUCAGAGGGCUAUUAAGAUUAACUUCAAACAAUGAGGAAGUCGGGUAGGAUAAUCAAUUCAUUGGAGAUAGAACAUUGGCACUCUUCACCAAAGUCAAUGAAUUAGUGGCUGCUACAUACACUAUUAAGGAUCCUUCAUUUGAACCCUUGUAACAUUUAUUUACUGUUAAGCCUUAUCAAUGGACCUUUGUCUAUUAUGGUUAUCAUUAGCAUGAAGUAAGGGCUUAUGUUUUACAGCCAGCAGGAAUACAAGAGCAUACUCAAGAAGCCUCUCACAUGAUUCCAAACAAACUGUAUCUACAUUUAGUAAAUGAUAUUGGACAUCCUUCAUUUUGGGGAAAAUUAUAUGGAUUAAAAGUUAAUUUUGGUGACGGUAGCUACUUAGAAAAACCCCAGUAACUCAUCGAUAGAUGGCCUUUUGAUCCAAAUAAGAUAAUAUUAACCAAAUAGGAGACAGGUUCUUAAGAAUGA